AUGGCGAUUGUUUGUGGACCAGUCUCGAAGGAAGCAAUAAUCAUGUUCUCUUUUUCGCGUGAAUUAAUGUCUAACAGGAUUUGCUGGGGAGUUACAACCUCACUAUAAGAUGGCAAAUCAAGAACUACAACAAGAGUUAGAGUCUUUUAGACUGAAGUGGAAAGAAGAACUAACAUCUAACAGUGACAAUUCUUCCAAUAACCAAAGAGAGAAAGUAGAGAGAGAGAGUUGUUAUCCACAUGGCUGUCAACUCUCUGAAGCUAAAUAUGAUGUAGCUGAAACAAGUACUUCUCAGACAGCAGAUCUUGGUUUGGGUUCUAGCUGCUUGAGCUCAAGGGAGGACACAGGACAUGAUAUAGAGGAGGAAUAUUUCACUAUUGAAGAGAAAGCUGAGAAGUUUUAUUUGAAAGGAGUUGCAUCAGAAAAGAAUGGGUUUGUUUAUGAAGCAAUGCUGUACUACAGAAAAGCUGUCCAGUUAGUGCCUGACAUUGAGUCCAGGAUCAAAGACUUCUCGGUCUCCUCAGAUGAAGAGGAAGAUGAUCAAGAAGAGCACAAUGAGUACAAUCUGCAAGCUACUAUUGACAACCGAGUUCCAGAGAUCUCUGCACUUGUUGAUCAGUUUCAGACGUUGGCUCUUGAUGGUAAACAUGUUUGUCAGAAGGAGUUUGAGACAAGGAUGACCCAUAUUUCUGAUAUUCCUGUUGAGUUGUUAGUCUAUAUCUUUAAAUGGGUUGUAUCAACAAGCCUGGAUUUUAGAUCUUUGGAACAACUCUCUAUGGUGUGCAAAGGGUUUUAUCUUUGCGCAAGAGAUAGAGAAUUAUGGCGACUGGGAUGUGUACGAAUUUGGGGUGAAAACUGUGGUCUUCCUACCAACUGGAAUAACUCUUGGCGUUGGAUGUUCAUCACUAAACCACACAUAUGGACGCAAGGUGUGUAUAUUAGCAAGACAUCGUACGUCAGACAAGGUGAACAAAUACAGGAUUUAUGGUCUUUACAUCUUGUCACUUACUACAGAUACAUCAGAUUUUUUAACAAUGGAUCUGUAAUAGUGUUCACCACUCCAGAAGAACCACAAUACAUAGUCCCAAGACUGAACCAGUCAGGGCUGUCCUUACGUUAUGGUUAUUACAAAGUCAUUGGGUCAAAGGUGGUGAUAGAUCUUGAUGUUGAUGUCAAGCCUAUUGAUAGUGGUAACCGAGGAAGAAAGAACAGGAAGGUUAUUUCACAAUACCUGGAAAAUAAAUUCCACAUGGAAUUAGAGAUAAGAAGCACAGGGAAGCGCCAUCCUCAUAAUCAGCUUGUCUGGUCAUGUUAUUAUCAUCGUCGUACUUACAGGGAUACUGGAGAAACAGUGGUCUCAAACUUUGAUCUCAGGACACAAUUUCCACCAUUUUUCUACUCAAGAGUACGCAGCUACACAAAAGCAUCGCAUGCCCCAUUGAAAUGAUGAGCCGUUUUAGAUAUUCCUGUAGCCAUACGUGUGAAGAUGUUUGUCCCACAGGCUUCCUUUUACUGCUUUUAUUUUAGUAUUUUAUAAUUUAGGGCAAGAUGAAAAAUGUUGGAAUGUAUAGACCCCUUGUAGGUGACGUCAAAGUAGCUUCAUCUUAGCCUGUGUCACAUCCGGACAAACCUUUUAACUGUGGUUUGUCCGGAUGUGACGCAGGGUACUUCAUCUGGAGGACAAAUGAAAGAUAUUUGCCCUAGUGUUAAGUAAAACCCAUUUUUUUGUCAUCCAGGUGUACAGUAGUUGCAUUGCUAUACACUGCAAGGGGCCCAUAUGGUAAUAAAACAGUAUAGGAAGCCCCUGGAACCAGGUGUAGGUAGCAGACAACAAUGUAGUAAUAGUAUUAAUCUCCCAGUAUUUAAAUUCAUUGACAUUGCUACUCAGUAUUGGCAUUUAAUGUGCACAUUUUUUAAAGCUUUACACAGGUCAGAAAUGUCACCUUGCAAGAGUAAGUGAUCACAAGACACAAUACAAACUUAAAAACUUAAAAAUGAUGCAUUAAUACAAUAGAAUGCAAUACAAUGUCUUGCAUACAUUUGUCAGAGUACAGGCAAUGGAUGCAUUAUAAUUGUUUUCAACCUUCACAGUUAAUUAAUGGAGAAAUUCACUUGCUGUAAUUUUAAGGGUUUGCACUCUUUGCAAUGCCCUGCAGUCAUUUCAAUCUAGUAAAGUAUCUAAAGUUUGUUUUAUCCUUGUUUUGUGAAUUUGAGAAAGUCUGAAAACCGCAUAAAUUAUCAAUACCAAUUCUUACACAGCAUAAAACAGCAUUCAUGUCAAGAACUUUUAUAAAAGAAAAUAACUUUGUAAGAUAACCUUGUAAAUACAUGUACUUCAAUAGUCUCCUUUUCACUUUCCUGUGUGGUCUUGAAACUUAGCCAGGUAAUAAGGAUACAACCAAGAAAACAUCUUUCAUAACAUUUAUAAUUGCAAGCACAUGAAUUGUCUUGCUUCUGGUUCUGUCCUAGUUUCAAGGUGGCGAAGAGAACUGUGAAGGAGAUAAACAUUGUCUGUCCAAAAAUACACAUACUUAGUUGUUGUGAUAUUGACAUUGUAAUUAUUCAGAAAUACUACAAAUGUAAGAAAUUAAAUCUGUUGUAUUUUGUACAAAAUAAUAGUGUACUAACUAGUAGUUGCUCUGUUAAUUUUCUUAGUGUGGUUUUGAUAAACCACUAAUAAUAGAAUAACACACCUAUGUUACUGUAACAGUAAAUAAUAGUUUAACAAUAGGUCUACAAAUCUCAAGUUAUACUUGAGGAAUCUUA